AUGGUUUCAAAGACCCCAGAGCAGCCAACCAGCAGUCUCCCUCUAGGUCAGAAUGUCAUCCAAACUUGGCCAGUUGCCAAAAAAUGCCUCAAGACGACAACAUUACAACAAAACCAUUUUAUCCCCAAUACAAUUACCCUCCAAACCUGGAGAAACAUCACCUCCUCCAACCCUGGAGAAACAUCACCUCCUUCCAACCCUGGAGAAACAUCACCUCCCCUCCAACCCUGGAGAAACGUCACCUCCAACCCUGGAGAAACAUCACCUCCCUCCAACCCUGGAGAAACAUCACCUCCCUCCAACCCUGGAGAAACAUCACCUCCCUCCAACCCUGGAGAAACAUCACCUCCCCUCCAACCCUGGAGAAACAUCACCUCCCCUCAAACCCUGGAGAAACAUCACCUCCCUCCAACCCUGGAGAAACAUCACCUCCCUCCAACCCUGGAGAAACAUCACCUCCCCUCCAACCCUGGAGAAACAUCACCUCCCCUCCAACCCUGGAGAAACGUCACCUCCAACCCUGGAGAAACAUCACCUCCCUCCAACCCUGGAGAAACAUCACCUCCCUCCAACCUUGGAGAAACAUCACCUCCCUCCAACCCUGGAGAAACAUCACCUCCCUCCAACCCUGGAGAAACAUCACCUCCCCUCCAACCCUGGAGAAACAUCACCUCCCCUCCAACCCUGGAGAAACAUCACCUCCCCUCCAACCCUGGAGAAACAUCACCUCCCUCCAACCCUGGAGAAACAUCAUCUCCCUCCAACCCUGGAGAAACAUCAUCUCCCUCCAACCCUGGAGAAACAUCACCUCCCCUCCAACCCUGGAGAAACAUCACCUCCCCUCCAACCCUGGAGAAACAUCACCUCCCCUCCAACCCUGGAGAAACGUCACCUCCAACCCUGGAGAAACAUCACCUCCCCUCCAACCCUGGAGAAACAUCACCUCCCUCCAACCCUGGAGAAACAUCACCUCCCCUCCAACCCUGGAGAAACAUCACCUCCCUCCAACCCUGGAGAAACAUCACCUCCCCUCCAACCCUGGAGAAACAUCACCUCCCUCCAACCCUGGAGAAACAUCACCUCCCUCCAACCCUGGAGAAACAUCACCUCCCCUCCAACCCUGGAGAAACAUCACCUCCCCUCCAACCCUGGAGAAACAUCACCUCCCCUCCAACCCUGGAGAAACAUCACCUCCCCUCCAACCCUGGAGAAACAUCACCUCCCUCCAACCCUGGAGAAACAUCACCUCCCCUCCAACCCUGGAGAAACAUCACCUCCCUCCAACCCUGGAGAAACGUCACCUCCAACCCUGGAGAAACAUCACCUCCCUCCAACCCUGGAGAAACAUCACCUCCCCUCCAACCCUGGAGAAACAUCACCUCCCUCCAACCCUGGAGAAACAUCACCUCCCCUCCAACCCUGGAGAAACAUCACCUCCCCUCCAACCCUGGAGAAACAUCACCUCCCUCCAACCCUGGAGAAACGUCACCUCCCCUCCAACCCUGGAGAAACAUCACCUCCCUCCAACCCUGGAGAAACAUCACCUCCCCUCCAACCCUGGAGAAACAUCACCUCCCCUCAAACCCUGGAGAAACGUCACCUCCAACCCUGGAGAAACAUCACCUCCCUCCAACCCUGGAGAAACAUCACCUCCCCUCCAACCUUGGAGAAACAUCACCUCCCCUCCAACCCUGGAGAAACAUCACCUCCCCUCCAACCCUGGAGAAACAUCACCUCCCUCCAACCCUGGAGAAACAUCACCUCCCCUCCAACCCUGGAGAAACAUCACCUCCCUCCAACCCUGGAGAAACAUCACCUCCCUCCAACCCUGGAGAAACGUCACCUCCCCUCCAACCCUGGAGAAACAUCACCUCCCCUCCAACCCUGGAGAAACAUCACCUCCUCCAACCCUGGAGAAACAUCACCCCUCCAACCCUGGAGAAACAUCACCUCCCUCCAACCCUGGAGAAACAUCACCUCCAACCCUGGAGAAACAUCACCUCCCCUCCAACCCUGGAGAAACAUCACCUCCCUCCAACCCUGGAGAAACAUCACCUCCAACCCUGGAGAAACAUCACCUCCCUCCAACCCUGGAGAAACAUCACCUCCCCUCCAACCCUGGAGAAACAUCACCUCCUCCAACCCUGGAGAAACAUCACCUCCCCUCCAACCCUGGAGAAACAUCACCUCCUCUCCAACCCUGGAGAAACAUCACCUCCCUCCAACCCUGGAGAAACAUCACCUCCCUCCAACCCUGGAGAAACAUCACCUCUCUCCAACCGUGGAGAAACAUCACCUCCCUCCAACCCUGGUGAAACGUCACCUCUCAAAUCAGUUUGCUUUCUAGAAAACAGGGCGAGAGAGAGCAAUACGAGGAGGGAAGCCAAAACGGCAAUAACUUAA